UCUGUUCCCAAAACUCCCUAAAACCUCCUCUCCAUCUCUCUUGCUUUCUUUUAUCUUCCGGUCUGCGCUAGCGGAGAAUGACUCCAAGGAGAGUGAGAGCACAGACGAAGGGAGGAAGCUUUUCAGCGGAGAGAAGAUGCCGAGUCUUGGAGGCCCUGCCGAUGGCUGGAAAACUCCAACAAGGGCAAGAGAAAAAGCAAGAAGACAAAGAGAGCAGACGACGGGAAGAAGCUUCUGCCUGUAGAGGAGGUCGAGGUAUACAUCGCCCAUCACGUCGUGAUUCCAAGGUCCAGUAUCCUAAUUUCUGUUUCUGUUUCUGUUUCUGUUUUUUUUUUUCAAAGCUUAGGUUGUUGGCCAUGAUACAAAGUGGUUCGGGCACUCUCAUUUCCAUUGCUUUUAUAUGCUUCUGGUGUUGCCUUCUACUUGCUGCUUAACAUAUCUCCAGCUACAACAUUAUUUUGCUUCAUCUCCUAGUUAUCCUUUUUUUGCCAUUUAUUGAUUUAUUUGUUAAUUAGAUGCCCAUGGUUUUGGUGCAAUUAAUUGUCUUGCAAAUAUAUUAGAGACGGAGUUGUGAUCAAUUUGUCUUUCACUGCCUCUGUUUAUGUUUUUUUUUUGGUUGUGGAGAAUUUAUGGGCUUCGGAUUAAUCACUUUGAUUUUGAUCUUAUAUUAAUGAGGAAAUUCUUUUGGAUUCAUAAUCCAUACCACUUUGAUUAUUUCAAUGAAAUCUUAUUUUGUGGUCACCAUAUGCUUCAAUGGUAUAAAACUUUUGUUUUUUUUAUUAAAUCUAAAGAACCUUCUGAACUGUUAUGUAUUUAAUUCAUGCAAAACUCAUUUGCUUUCAGAUCCUGGUUCUUGAAAGUGUGUUUGCUGAAAAAACACAGCUAUUUAACACCAGUUUAAAUGAUCUAAUGCUUUGAUUGAUCGCCAUCUUGCUAUUUGUGACCUCUACUUAUGAUUUUUCUUUCUUUAGGUGCUACAUUUUGGGAGUAAGGGUCUUGUGGGUCUUGGCAUUUGGGUGUAGUCAUUGGUUGUGGUGAAUACUCUCGUCUUGUGGAAUACACUAAUCUCUUGAAUAAAGACCAGAGUUCAAAACUUGUGAAGUCCAUCCCAGUAUCAACUGUUGUACAAGGAACAUCAAGGCUAGUUGUCCAAAUUUCACCGUAGCCCAACAAGACCUUUGCCACCUUGACUCCAAGUAUCUGAGUUCUGAGAUCAAUUAUGGGUUAUGUGUCGAUGCCUUAGCUGAUCAUGCCUGGUUGGAAGGUGUAGUUUUUGAUUGCAAGGUACUGAAGAGAGGAUGAUUUUCUUCCCAGACCAAGGAGACCAGAAGAUGAUCACCAUUGACCAGCUGCAUCUUACUCAAGUGUCAAUCUGCCAUCUCUCUGUCUGUGAUCUCUACAUGCAUUUGGUUACUUCUAUUGGUGUUAUAUGAGGUUCAGUUGGUCAUGAUAAUCUUUGUUCAAUUUCAUGUUAUGCUACAUGGUCAACUUUAAAUGCUCUUCCUCCCUAAUCUGGCCUCAUGUAAAGAUGCAAACUGUGCAUCAUGACUUCAUUUAUUUUGGACAUAGCUACAGCAUUACCAGCUGUUAGCACAAACCUCAGUAAGGAUAUCAUGAGUGAAAAAUAUUUUUCAUGUACCUUGAUUUGCAUUAUCAAAUCUUCAGUUCCUUACAGAGAGUCAACAAUGCCUGCAUCCAACCAGCAUCGACUAAGCCAGAGUAGCAAUAGAUUGGGAUUCUUCUCUCAUGGUAGAGCUGCAAAUGGGUUGGAUUUGUUGCUCAGCCAGAAUAGGAGCAAACUUGGUCAGCUGGGCUGUCGUGCCGACUCAGUUAUGCCGCUGGCCUUUCAUCCAGAUCUUGAUGUUGUUUUCUUGCAGGUGGACUGGAAGAUAUACUCUUUUGAUCUGGCCAGUGAUGGUUUCAACGAGAUUGGUGGUGAGAAAGGUCCAAAUCCUGAGGGCGAGAGAUACUUGAUACUAAACUAUGUGGUUGUCUCUUUGCUUUCACCCUAUUUUUUUGGCGAAGGUAGAGUCCCUGGAAAGAAUUUGAGUUCAAAUAAGAUUUGAAGGUUGUAAGCUGCAAUUCCUUUUUCUUUUUUUGGUGACCAUGAAGGCUGUAGGUUGUAAUUCAGCUCCCUCUGUCUAUAACAGGCACUGAUUUUAUCAUGUUGUCGUAUGGGAUAAGAAAUUAGAAGGCCUCUUAAUUAAAUAUUUGUAUAUGUAUAAUGGCUAUUUAAGUGCAGGCAUUAUCCUGUGACGGUCACCAUUCUGCAAAAUGGUAUCUGUUUUUUGGCAUUUGUAUUGUUCAUCCCACUAAAGUAAUAUUAUAGAUGUAUGUUUUCAGUUUGUAUA